AAAUGACCGGCUACAAGAAAUAAAUGGGAAAUAAUUGAUACAUAUAUCCAUCCCGUGGUCACUCACAGGAUACUAUGGUUUGUUUUGCCAUCUCACAGUAAACAAAAUGGAAAAUGUGUGACCUUUACCAUUGUUAAUUCAAUUUCCAAAAAAAUUACUAUUAGCCUCCGAGUCUAGCCUCCUCACACUGAGAAACAAAAGGUUAUGUUAGGGAUUGUUUGCACCACGACUAGUAGCACAUGUUUGAAAAUCACUAUCAUAGUAUGGCUGUAUUUUUUUAACUAACGUGCAAAGAGGAUAUAGGUUCUAGCGUCCUUUACCUGCAGUUUUACACUGGACAGUCUUAGUUUAGGAAUAUAUUUUAGAUUUUGUUCACAUGGCCCUUUAUAUAUUAUUGAGUUGGCUCUGUGCUGUUACUGGGCUGAUAAAUAACUUUGUGAUCUGGCAACCGUGGCCCAGUGUACACAGACAAGAUGGCGGCAUCUAUGGAAGACGAGUUUGAGGAUGCACCAGACGUGGAGCCGCUUGAACCAACCUUAAAGAAUAUAAUUGAACAGAAAUCCCUAAAAUGGAUAUUUGUGGGUGGCAAAGGUGGUGUUGGUAAAACCACAUGUAGCUGUAGUUUGGCAGUCCAGCUGGCUGCAGUGAGGGAAAGUGUCCUCAUCAUCUCCACAGAUCCAGCCCAUAACAUUUCUGAUGCUUUUGACCAGAAGUUCUCUAAGGUGCCCACCAAAGUCAAGGGCUAUGACAACCUUUUUGCAAUGGAGAUUGACCCGAGCCUGGGAGUGGCGGAACUGCCUGAUGAGUUCUUUGAAGAGGACAACAUGCUCAGUAUGGGCAAGAAGAUGAUGCAAGAGGCAAUGAGCGCUUUUCCAGGCAUCGACGAGGCUAUGAGUUAUGCAGAGGUCAUGAGAUUAGUGAAAGGAAUGAACUUUUCCGUGGUUGUUUUUGACACUGCCCCGACUGGCCACACACUUCGGCUUCUUAACUUCCCCACCAUUGUAGAGCGAGGUUUGGGCCGCCUCAUGCAGAUAAAAAAUCAGAUCAGCCCUUUCAUCUCUCAGAUGUGUAACAUGCUUGGUUUGGGUGACAUGAAUGCAGACCAAUUGGCGUCAAAGCUGGAAGAAACGCUCCCGGUUAUUCGCUCCGUCAGUGAGCAGUUUAAGGACCCUGAGCAGACCACCUUCAUCUGUGUGUGCAUUGCUGAGUUUCUGUCCCUCUACGAGACUGAGCGGCUGAUCCAAGAGCUCGCUAAGUGCCGCAUUGAUACACACAAUAUCAUCGUCAACCAGCUUGUUUUCCCUGAUGCCGAGAGGCCGUGUAAAAUGUGUGAAGCUCGCCAUAAAAUCCAGUCCAAGUACUUAGAUCAGAUGGAGGAUCUCUAUGAGGACUUCCACAUAGUCAAAUUACCUCUGCUGCCUCACGAGGUCCGAGGGGCAGAUAAGGUCAACACUUUCUCUAAGCAACUUCUGGAGCCGUACAAGCCACCGAACAAGUGAUUUUCUUCAGUCAGGACGUCCUCUCUGCAACUCUCUCCCUUUCCCCCCUCUGUUUCUUCCUCUCUCCUUCCACUGUUGCAAAAAAAACAAAAAAAAAACAACUUUACAGUUUUAACACAUCCUCUCCCUAUCAAGCCUCAAACAAAUGUCUUUUAGUUACAGAGAAAGUGCACAGAGAUGUCAUAUCUUUUGGGGGGGAAGGAGAGCCAUGACUCAAAGCAUUCAUUACUAGGGUGGCAGUAUGUCUUUUCAUAUACAAAGAAUUUAACUGAUAAUUUUACCUUCCCCAAGACUUGGGUUUGGAAUGAAUUCAUGAGGUUACAGAUUGUGGAUGUUUACAUGUGUUUAUUCUUCAAUUACUGUGUUCUUCUUAUAUUAAUCUUGAUUAAUUUGCAUUCCAAAUUAAUUGGUGUAUAAUUUGAAAAGUAAAUUACCAAAGUUGAUGUAAUUCGAGAGCAUUGGAGCAAAAUGUUGCUUCAACAUGCUAGACGCUAAAACCUAACUUUUGUAUGCUAACUUAAGCAAUCUAAUUAUAACAUUGAGAAGUGUCAUGCAAUAUCCCCUUUAGCUUUUAUAUAUUUAGCUAAAGCUCCUAAGCUGCUGCUUUGACCCAUAGUAAGUCAAAGUUAAGAAGACUGGAGAAUUGACUGACAAAGCUGGACAGCUACCCACAUUUCAGCUUCAACAAAAACACUAAAGGAACUCUCGCCUUAUCUGAUGUUGAAUGUCUGCGAUCAAGUCUACAUGAAGGGUGCAACAGAGCGGAGGCACAUUUGUGGUAAAGCGACUUGUUGCUUGCUUUUAUGACUAGUGAUACCUGAAAGAAUCAUCCACAGUUAUACAUUUAAUUUCCUCUUUACGUGACUGAAUGCUUUUGAGUCUGAAACUGUUUUCUAGAGAUUAUCUUUUAAAUUAAGUUGACCGUAAAAAUAUUAAACAAACUUUGUUUCUGCUACA